AUGUUCAGAUCAAGCCUAAGAAGAUUUGGAUAUAAGCUCCCAGGCACUUUUACCUCGUCUCAAACAGAGCUCAGCCAAGCAGCUCCUCCAUCUGGCUACAUUCGCCCAAUAGAAACCUAUAAGCCUUCGAAGCCAAUCCAAUUUGACAAAAAAGGUGAAAUCCUUAUCUACGAAUUUGACCCUCAAGACAACACCUCGGUAUUAUUCCCUAUUCCUUGGAGUCUCGGAACUUGGUCGACCCCAGCACUGGGAUGGGCUUGGUGGCACGGAUUUUUCGGGUCUGCAUGGUGGCUAGCUCCAAUUGCCAUGUCUUUAGCUGUCCUUCCCCAUUGCUGGUAUCUCUAUGAGCUCAGAUAUGCUGUCAAUAAAAUUUGGUAUGUCAGAGGAGGGCUGUGGAAAUUUGAAAAUGUUGGGCCUUACCGUCUUGGGACUCAUACAUAUACGGAGCUUGCAAAUAUUAGAUUAUUCUCCCAAACUUCAAGAAAAACCAUGCCUUAUAUAGGAAAAUCUAAAGCAUAUCCUUAUGGUGGAAAAUUCGCUGAAAUUCUUGAUGAAGAAGGAAAUCUGAGUCACGGUUUAUUGCUGCAGGCAGAUUUUUGGCAUGAGUAUUAUGAGAAUAUAGACAAUAGAAAAAUUGGAGUGGAUGCGCGUGGAAAAGUUCAUAAUCCAGAAAUUUUCCAAGCUUUAGCGCAAGGAUAUAAAAUUGAUGACUCAGAUUGCACUAUGACUUAUGAUCCAGAAAACGAGUUUUCUAAGUCGCAAUAA